AAUGUGGCGUUUCACAACUCCGUGCAGACCCAGUCGUCUUCACCACAAGGGGGCGGCGUAGUGUGGGGCUCGGAUCAUACGGUGAAGCAGAAUAUCUGGGGACAUUGAAGCUGCUGUAUAAGUUCAGAACGAUGGUCUAGCAGACUGUCAGCCCUCAAGUCUCGCUCCUCAAGCUUCACACCAGCGAUCGCAGUUGCAUUCUCUCAACUUAAGCUUCACAUAGUCUAUCUCCAUACACCCCAUCAAGAUGCGUUCCUCUACCGUUGUCGCUCUCCUCGCAACCUCAGCUGUUGCACAGUCGUCUAGCUCAAGCAAGCCCGAGACUGGAUCUUCUGCGCACAUCAUCAACCCACUGGGCCUGCAGGUGUCCACCGUCACCAUGCUUGGAUCCAGCUCAGGCACGACCACCUAUGUCAACUCUUGCUCGGAUGCAGGCGUUCCUACUUCGUGGCUCUCCGAGGCCACGGCCGAAGCGUCCUCUGCUGGGUCUUCGGCCGCAUCUGUGGCAUCCUCAACGCGCUCAGUAGCGGAAACCCUCCUCAUGACACCCAUCGCUGCGCCAUCAACGACCGCUGCUGCACGUCUCCGUCGCCGGGACGCCAACCUGCUCGAUGGCCUCUGCGAGCCUCUCACAAUCAAGCAGGCAUCUGAGUAUGCCCAGAUUCAGCUGAAAGACCCUUCCGAGGGCGCCUGGACUGCUGAAGUCAACUGCAACUGGAAGGGCGCCCUUGGAUCCGCUGACCUCACUUGCACUGCUGUUCAGAGCGGUGUCUUCGCGAGUGUCGUAGGUGCUCAAGGCACUACAUCUGCUGUGCUCAAGGCGAGCGAGAUUGCUGAAGCAAGCGUUAUUCAGACCGUCGAGGUUGUGUCACCGGCUUCGAACUCUGCGAACCCAACAGCAUCUGGAAGUCAGUCUGGCUCCACAAAAUCUACCACCUCUGCUCCUGCGUCCUCUGGCGCUGCGGCUGGAGGCCCUCACCCCAUAAGCGCGAUGGCUUUUGUCGGUGGUGCUGCCGGUAUCUUUGCUGCGGCGCUUGCCCUGUAAGCGCUAGCUGAGCGAGAAUUUUGAGUCUGAAUGGGGCCACGGAGGAUGGGGUUGCAUUUUGUAAGAUCACGGGCGCGAUUGUAGUGUGUUCGGUACAGGUUCACGGUUAGGCAUGACUCGUUAGCUCUCAUUUCUGCAUCGGACGUCCCGCUGCUCUUCACACGAGUGUUCUUACUAAUACAUCCGCUUCACUGCUUCACGA